CGGUAAAAAAGAGGACGGCUCCCGUUCCGGGAUAUCCAGCGUCCUCCCAGGGGAACGCUAUCUCGUCGUCGUGGCCGCCUCCCCAACUGUCUGGCUCCUCUGCCCGCGGUCGCCCUUCCUCCAGAGUCCAAGCGCUCCCCCUGCUGCCUGGCCGCCGGGCGAGGGUGACGAAGCUGUGCGCCGCCGCCCUGUCCUUGCACCGGCGCCGGUCGUGGGUCGAGGAAGCGCUGCGCUACCGGCGAAUCGCGGCCUGCCGCGGCGGAUCCACCGGCGUCCGCGCCGGAUCCGGUCCAGGGAAGACGGGAUUCGCGCGGGGGAGGGCAUCGGCGCCGCCGGAUCCGACGGGCAUCGGCGCCGCAUCGUAGUAGCAGGGGCAUCCCAGGAUCCGCGCGGGGAGGGCACGCCUCGCCCGGAUUUCAAGUGAAUCGCCGCCGGCGGGGAGGGGGCGGCGCAUCGAGGAGGGAGGGGGGCGGCGCGUCCAGGAGGGAGCGGGCGGCGCGUCCAGCAAGUAGGGGCUGGCGCGCCCAGGAUCCAAGCGCGGAAGAGAAGUCGGGGCCGCCGCCACCCGUCCGCAGGUCGCUGCGGUCACGUCCACCGCCGCUCGGGCGGCCAUUCGGCACCGUGAGGCCAUCCUGGAGAAGACAGGUCGGGCCAGCCGUGGGCGCAAGCGGCGGCGGCAACGGUCACCGGUUCCGUCAGCCACAUCGGAGGAGAGCUCUACCGCAUGCUCCAGCCGGCGUCCUGCAAAACUCAGGAUGGACCCUAACCAAUCCAAUGAUGGCAACAUUCCUCCGUACCCGGCUGCCUGGAACCCGUACAUGUAUGGGUACCAAGCUCCUCCAUCCUGGUUUCCCCAAGGAUUGCAGCAGGUUCCACCCCAUGUCACGAUGGUGCAGCCAGGUAGCAGUGGGCAACAAUUGUAUCCUCCGGCUGAAAACGCAGAUCCAUCUUUGCAAAGCGUUGAGGUACAUGAGGAGGAAUCGCAGCUCUCCCCCAAGCAUAUAGGAAAACGGAAGAGCACAAAGAAAUGUGUCAGUCGUAUCAAGUUGGGCAACUUCAACCCAGAAGAAGAUGGAUACCUUGUUAAAUCAUGGCUUGAAAUAAGCUGUGACCCAAUUACAAGUACUGGACAGAAAAGAGAACGCCUGUGGGAAAGAAUUCUGCAUAGAUACAACUUAAAGAGGGGAUCAAACCCAGAAAGAAAUGUCAGGUCUCUACAGAGCCGUUGGGACGUUAUCAAGACUGAAGUCGGGAAGUUUGCAUCAUUCUUUGCUGAUUCCGUUCGAGAGAAUCCUAGUGGGAUGUCGGAUAGCGAUAAGAAAAUUCUGAAGGAUGAACCCAAGUGGCAGGAUCCAAAGGCCAGAACAUUUGCAAAUUCAAGUGCAGCUGACAAUGAUGCCACAAUCAACCUUGUAGAUGACAAUGAUAGCCCAGCUGCAGAAGCCGAGGAGAGGCCAACAGGUAGGGAUUCAUCUAAAGCACCCAAGAAGAAAGCAAACUCUGAUGCGGGUUCAGCAUCAUCUUCGGAGUAUGCUUCGCGGAUGCAUGAUCUAUCACUGCAGAGGAUGUCUUUCAUGCAAGAAGAAUCAGUCCGUAAGAGUGAUCGUUUCCAGCAGCUUGCAUGUAUAGAUGAGAAGCGCUUUGAGGAAAUGCGAAGCCACAAUAAGUCACUGUUAGAGUGUGAGCAACAGAAGACUCGCAUUCUGGUUGAGAAGCAUGAUUUGGAAAAGAAAAAGGAGGAGAAGCUAGAGGAUGAAAGGAUCCUUGCGAUUGACCUUGAUGCCUACACACCCCAGCAGCGGUUGUAUUAUCAAGUUCUUCAGGAGGAAAUUGUGGAAAAGAUGGAAGCUAGGCGCAGGAAGAGACAAGCGCCAUGAAGAUCCUGAGAAGACGCAACCUUAUUGAUGCUUUCAGCAGUUGUAACCUUAUUUAUUUGUAUGUAAUAUGGACCGUAAGAUGAGAGAACAUUGAGUGUGCAUUUCGGACCUUAUUUAUUUGUUUGUAAUGGGGACUGUGAGCUUCUGUAUGUCUGUGUACCUUAUUUGUUUUAGACCAUUAAAGUGAUCGGACCAUAUUUGUUUGUAAUCGAUUCUAGUCUGCAGAUUGUGAAUUGCAAUUUCAAAAUUCAUAUCACUGCAAUGAUAACUAAAUAUUA